CCGCAACUUCACAAGUCCCCUCCCUGAGCCUAAAACAGAGCGAGUGAGUUGAGCAAGAACGUGAGGAGAAGAUGAAGACGAUCCUUUCUUCCGAGACGAUGGACAUCCCCGAAAGCAUUACCAUCAAAGUUAACGCUAAGGUGAUCGAAGUUGAAGGACCUCGCGGCAAACUUGUUCGCGACUUCAAGCAUCUCAACCUCGAUUUCCAGCUCAUCAAGGACGCCGAAACCGGGAAGAAGAAGCUGAAGAUCGACUCGUGGUUCGGAUCUCGCAAAUCAAGUGCAUCCAUCAGAACCGCUCUUAGCCACGUCGAUAACCUCAUCACCGGUGUCACCAGAGGGUUCAGGUACAAGAUGAGGUUUGUGUAUGCUCAUUUUCCCAUCAACGCUUCCAUCGGCGGUGACAGCAAGUCCAUUGAGAUCCGUAACUUCCUUGGGGAGAAGAAGGUGAGGAAGGUAGAUAUGUUGGAUGGUGUAACCAUUGUUCGGUCUGAGAAAGUUAAGGAUGAGAUUGUUCUUGAUGGAAAUGACAUUGAGCUUGUUUCAAGGUCAUGCGCUCUUAUCAACCAGAAAUGUCACGUGAAGAAAAAGGAUAUCAGGAAGUUCCUUGACGGUAUCUAUGUUAGCGAGAAGAGCAAGAUCGUUGAAGAGGAAUAGACAAAUAUGUCUCCUUCAUCUUUUGAAUGUUUAGUUUGUUUUUCAGACCAAAAUCUCACCGGUGUUGCAAAACUCGGCUUAUCCCUUGUCUUUUUGUUCGAGAUUUUUAUUUACUUUUGCAGAAGUUUUUGGAGACACAAUUUGCUAGUCCUUUUACCUAUUUCACU